ACCGACGCUCGUAUCUUCUCGUGGAACAGCACAAACUUUCCUCGCGAUCAACUUGAUUUCAACCUCGACCACUUGCUUCUGGAUAACUUCUCUCGAAAUUCCCUGGUGCAAGGACGUUCAACUUCUUUUCAAAUGGAAAUUGUAUUUCCAAUGUGAUCUGCGAUGAAACGUGUUCGCGGGCUGGACGAGGUAGCAUCACCAGCAGCAGCAACAUUAAAGCACUCAUCAGUGAGUGCAGGAAGUGGCUUAGGUGGCGGAGGAGGUGGUUUGGAGUACCAUUCAAGCAGUGGAAUAGGCGUUGUUGUACCUGGCCAAGCAGUUCGAUCAGUUGCUUCGAAAGAAAUGCCGGGAAGCAUACAAUUUGGAACUACUCAAACUCAACAGCAAUAUACUGGAGCAAUUGUAGUGCCAACUGCGGCUCCGUCCCCUAUUAAGGGAAGUGGAUCUGGAGGACUUACUUCUACAUGUAGUAGUAGCAAUGUAAACACUAGUGGAGGAUUACAUGGUGGAAUAGGUGGUGGGAGUAAUCAUAGUAUGGGUUCCCAGCAGCCUGCACCAGGAACCCAAAAUCAAGUUCAUAGCCAACAGCAACCAACAAUAAGGCAUAAGGUUCAUUCUAGCAAUGUAGCACCAUUAGCUUCUACUCCACCAGGCAGUAGCCUAGGUAGUGGCAGUGGAUCCCAACAGUUUCAGAGAUUAAAAGUAGAAGAUGCGUUGUCUUAUUUAGAUCAAGUAAAGUACAAAUUUAGUGAUCAGCCUCAGGUGUAUAAUGAUUUUUUGGAUAUUAUGAAAGAAUUUAAGUCACAAAGCAUAGAUACACCAGGAGUAAUAACAAGAGUGAGCCAUUUAUUUAAAGGACAUCCUGAACUUAUUGUUGGUUUUAAUACCUUUCUUCCACCUGGAUAUAAAAUAGAGGUACAAGCAAAUGAACAAGGAUAUGCAUUUCAAGUAUCAGUUAGUAUGCCAAGUCCAACAGCAACACAUACUGCUACCUUGUCACAACAUCAUUGCACUGUAAAUGUUGGUUCGCCUCCUGUUGCAAGUCCACCGACACAACCAGCAAAAGCUCCACCAGUUUUACAAAUAAUGCAAGGAUCCGGAAAUAUACAUCAUUCAUUGGCAAAUAAUAUUUCGAAUAACAGUUUAACUGUACAUGCACCCUCACCACCACCAGUACAGGCAUACAAUAAUUCACAUGUUAGUGCAGCUCAAGCACAGGCUGUGAGUCAAGCGUUAAGUCAAGCGCAAGAUGGUAUUCCGACUAGUGGGCAAACUCAACAGAGUCAACCAGUUGAAUUUAAUCAUGCAAUUAAUUACGUUAACAAAAUUAAGAAUCGGUUCCAAGGUCAACCAGACAAAUAUAAAAGAUUUUUAGAAAUUCUACACACUUAUCAGAAAGAACAACGAAAUUUAAAAGAAUCUGGACAUAUGGGUGGCACAAGUGGAUCUGGUGCAUCAGGCGGAGCAAAACAUUUAACAGAAGCAGAAGUUUAUAGUCAAGUUGCUAAAUUAUUCGAAAACCAAGAAGAUUUACUUGCUGAAUUUGGACAAUUUUUACCAGAUGCUACUAAUCAACAAAGUGCAUUGAGUAACAAGACUGCUACUGUUAACGAUCAUACAACAAUCGUUAAAAAACCAUUGGGACCUAAAGCACCUUAUAAUAAUUCAGGAAAUAUUUCGAGAGAUCUUCGAGAAUCGAGCGGUAUUAAUACAAUAGAACGAGAAACUCGUGAUCAUAGAGAUCGUGAACGGGAAAGAGAUAGAUCUGGUAUACGAGAUAUUAAUAGUGUACAAAAACUUGGCCACAAUACGGGACAAUUAAAAAGAAGUCCAUCGUUUUCACCUUCGGUAACAGCUGGAAACUCUCAUCAUAUACAACAUGGUCCACCUCCUUUAAAAAAGCAUAAAGUAUCAUCUAUGCGUGAAUGUGUUACCAUAGCGGAAGCUGGAAAAUAUGGUAGUCUAAACGAUUAUGCUUUCUUCGAUAAGGUUCGUAAAGCAUUAAGAUCUCAAGAAGUAUAUGAAAAUUUCCUCAGAUGUUUGGUUUUAUUUAAUCAAGAAAUAGUUUCCAAAUCUGAAUUGGUGCAGUUAGUAACGCCAUUUCUUGGUCGCUUUCCUGAACUUUUACGUUGGUUUAAAGAUUUCCUGGGCCAUUUGCCUGAAUCUUCUAACACCAAUACAACAAAUGCGAGUAGCAAUUUAAAUGUUGAGGCACUACCAAAUAAUGUUGUACGAAGUCAUCAGGAGAGACCGCAAGGUGAUUUGGCGAUGGAAAUUGACUAUACGGCAUGCAAGCGCUUAGGGGCAUCAUAUUGCGCAUUACCAAAGUCUUACGUUCAACCAAAGUGUACAGGAAGAACACAGUUAUGUAAAGAAGUUCUUAACGAUACAUGGGUUUCAUUUCCAACUUGGUCAGAAGAUAGUACAUUUGUAACAUCCAGGAAAACUCAAUAUGAAGAAUUCAUUUAUCGUUGCGAGGAUGAACGAUUCGAGUUAGAUGGUGUGAUAGAAACUAAUGCAUCAACGAUUAGAGUUCUAGAGGGUGUUCACAAAAAAAUGAGUAGAAUGAGCCAAGAAGAACUUCAAAAAUUUAAGUUAGACGAUUGUCUCGGUGGUUGUUCUCCUACAAUUCAUCAAAGAGCUUUGAAAAGGAUAUAUGGUGAUAAGGCUGCUGAUAUUAUAGAUGGUCUUAAGAAAAAUCCUGUCGUAGCAGUACCAGUAGUUCUUCGUCGAUUAAAGAGUAAAGAAGAAGAAUGGCGGGAAGCGCAAAAGGGUUUCAAUAAAAUUUGGAGAGAACAAAAUGAAAAAUACUACUUGAAAUCUCUAGAUCAUCAAGGUAUCAAUUUCAAGCAAAAUGAUGUGAAAGCUUUAAGAUCUAAAAGUUUAUUUAAUGAAAUUGAAACAUUAUAUGAUGAGAGACACGAACAAGUAGAUGAUGGCAGCGGAGAUGGCCAAAAUAAUAGUGGUCCACAUCUUGUAUUACCUUAUAAAGAUAAAUCUGUCCUAGAUGACGCAGCUAAUCUUCUUAUUCACCAUGUAAAACGUCAAACAGCCAUCCACAAGGAAGAUAAGCAACGAAUAAAGCUUUUAUUAAAGCAUUUUAUACCUGAUCUUUUUUUCCAUCCACGUCAGGAAUUGAGUGAUGAUGAACGAGAUGAAGAUGAUGAGAAGGAAGAUCUCAAUGUAGCAGCAUGUAGUAAUUCUCAAUCGGCAACGAUGAAUAUCUCUCCAUUGAGUGGUGGUCUCCAAGCGAAUAGAAAUAAGGCCCCUGUAUCUCCGAUUCCGUCUUCCACAUCGAUUAAAACUGAACCUGAUAUUAAAGUACCAAUUCAUGCCAUGUCGAAUGAUCCUGAAGAAGCGUACACACUUUUCAUGGGGAGCAACAAUUGGUACCUUUUUUUAAGGUUACAUCAUAUUUUAUGCGAAAGAUUAACAAAAAUGUAUGAUCGAGCUGUGGCUCUUGCUGAAGAGGAAUCACGAUAUAAACAACAACGUAAGGAGAGUACAGCGGUCGCAUUACGAUUAAAACCCAAAAAUGAAAUUGAAAUUGAGGACUAUUAUCCUGCAUUUUUGGACAUGGUUAAGAAUGUCUUAGACGGUAAUAUGGAAAGUACUGCGUAUGAGGAUACUUUGCGAGAAAUGUUUGGUAUUCACGCAUAUAUCGCUUUUACGUUAGAUAAGGUUGUGACGUAUGCCGUAAGACAAUUGCAGCAUUUGGUCUCAGAUCCUAUAUGCCAACAAUGCAUGGAAUUAUUCCAGCGAGAACAACGUCAACCAAAAGAAAGUAGUGGUGCAGGUGGUUUAUGUGCUACAGCGUACAUGAGACUUGGUGCAGAAAUGUCGUAUCAACGUAAAGCUGAAAAAGCUAUGGCAGAUGAGAAUUGUUUUAAGAUAUACAUUUAUAAAAAAGACUGUAAAAUGACAAUGGAAUUGUUGGAUACGGAAGGUGAUGAGGCGAUGGACAACAAUUGUAGGGAAAGAGAAAGGGAAGGAGUUACUGUAUCUGAAAAAUGGUCUACAUAUGUUGAGAGGUUUUCUGCUCCAGCUGGUCAGACUAGCCCGAAAGACACCCCUACCUUAACAGACAAUGAGCCAACAACCAAUCAUCCUGUGAGUAACGACCAGGCAGCAAGGGGGGGGAGGGGCAGAAAGCGCAAGAACACUGACACUAGCAAGAAGAUGGAUGGGAAUGGUUGGAGUUUAGGCAGGAUCUUGGCAGGACGUAAGCCUGUAUUUCUUUACCGUAAUGUUAGGCAAUGGAGGAAAAGAACUGCGAGAAUGAUGUCGGCAUCUAUGCCUAAUACCAUGCCUCAUCCCGAGAAAGGUGCAGAAACAACAGAUAAAGAAAAAUCAUUGGAUUCUGUUGAUGCACUUUUAAAACGGCCUCCUAGUUUAAGAUUAGCAGAUUCUGGGGAUACAUCUGAUAUCAUCAAUUCUGAUGAAACACAAUGCAGAUUUAAUCCUAAUAGUUACCAAAUGCUCUAUAUUGCUAGUAAGGAAGCAUUCCUAUAUAAACAAAAUUCAUUCAGUCGUGCCAGAGAGUGUCAUCCAGCUGUGACAAAACACUUGAAUUCAAAAUUCCAUCAAUGGUUGGCAUCUUGGGCAUCUAAAAAUGUCGCGGACGUUCAGCAUCGAUUAUGUCAAGAUUGGUUGAUGGGACGUUACGAAAACUUAAUUCCUCAUAAGACACGAGUGAUCACAGACAAUGAUCAAACGAGAUCGCCUUACAGACAAUACAAUCGUUAUAGAGUGGAACGUUUGCAACCUGAUCUUCUGACAGAAUCCUGUGUAUAAUCAUAUGUCUUUUAUCAUUUCUUUACCACGAGAGAUCUCUCUUAUCAUUUCUUUAUUGAGAACUCGUUUCGGUAAUCUCACAUUCAUAUUUUCUGUUUAAAACAAAUUAAUAGUUAAGAGAAAAUUAUCAAAGGCAAAAUUAAAGAUGAUUCUUGAACUAUAUUGCGUGCACGUAUAAUGAAACGCAUGUUUUAUUUUGCCAACGAAGUUCAUUUGGAACGAAGAAGGUGCAGAAAUGGUCAUUAGAAAAGAAAGUAUCGAAGACUAUAACGAAUCGUCUUUACAUUGUGUACUACACUUAUUCAUUCAAUUUUUACUAAAUUUGAUUCUUUAACUGUACAGGUUAUAAAUAAUCUGAUGCAAAUGGAAAUAUCGCUGAUUUGUUGUUGUUUGUCUAAAAGUUUAAUGUAAAGAGUCUCUUCAAUUUAAAAUAUUAAAUAAACUAUCGAAUCGAAUAUUAGAAAAAAGAGAAACAGUUGUAACGAGCGAUAUUUCCAGUUGUAUUAAAGAUCAAGCUUGUGAUCAGGUAAUAUCUAAGAUAUCUAAACGUAAUGUUUCAUUUCCGAAGAUCGAAUACUUUCCGAUAUAAUUAGAUAUAGAUUUUCCAGGUAAGGUUUUACAUAAGAGAGUAAAGUUACGGUAAAACUUUUGAUACUUUAUGUAAUAUCUUAAAAGAUUUAGAAAGAAUAUUCUAUCGUCAUGUAAUUGUCGUUUAUAAGCGUAUUGCAGAUUCAGUCAAUUUUAUUUUAUUAAGUAUUUUAUUUUUAUAGAGAGAGAGACUUACACGAUUGUAAUUGAAACAUUAAAUAUUGUUAGUAAUUAAAAAUCUAUUAAAAUUUCGAUUUACAUAUGUUCUAUUAUUUAAACACUUUCUAUUUAUAUAUAACUAAAACGUAACAGAAUAUUGGAUUAUAAUAAAUUGGCCAAAAUUGUAUACUUUUUUUUUAAUAAUAUAAAUUGUAUAUACAUGUAUGUAAAAUAUCUUUCGUUCGAAGUUUUUAAUAACUUACUUCUCUUAUUUUCUUACGAAUAUGGUAAUUAGAAUUUUCGUUCUGUUAAAUUCGAUAUACAUAUAAUUAUAUGUAUAAAUAAAUACAUGCUUGUAUAUAUAUAUAUGUAUGUGUAUAUAUGUGGAUAUAUAAUAAUUGAAAACAUAUAUACGUAUAUACACAUAUGAAAUGAGAAAAAACUAGGCCUUAUUUUUUACCUGAUCUUUAGGCUAUUCGAUAAAAACUGUAAAAUAUUUAAAUGUGGCGGUGUUCCUGUACAGUGCAAAGCUGUUGACAACAUUAGAAUGCGGUGUUCAUUGGGAAAGACAUUAUCUCAUCACGCACGAGAUAUAUGGCUAUUGAUAUUAUUUUAUGUUAUUAUUAAGUAUAUAUCUUUUUAUUAGUUCUUUUACUUUAUAAGUCUACGCAUGAGAUACAAACUAUGAACUGAUUAAACAUUUAUAAAUUAUUUUUUAUACUGUUAAUAUCGAUUACAGUGUUUAAGAUUUGCAUUAUUUGAAAUAUUCACAAAAAAGAAAAAAUAAAAUAAUUAAAUGAAGGAAUUCGUGCGUGGUGAAAAAAAGAAAAUAGUAUAUAAUUUCUAUAUAAAAUUUAAAUCUUUAUAUUAAUAUUAAAAAAUGAAUGGCUUUCAUUAUAUGGAUUUUCUGUGAUUUUCAAGACAUUCAAGUAAAAAAUAACAUUUAAAAAAUAUUGACGGAUAAUAAUGUAUACAUAAAUUUUUAAUUGAAUACAUUUUUAUCCUUAUUAUAUAAAUUUAAUUGAAGUCUUGACGUCUCUAUUUUUCUGAUUAAUUUUCAAAAGAUGCCAUUUUACGUUCAUUUAGACAUAUAAAUACAGACACCGUGCUACUCAGUUAUGCAAUAAUACUGCCCCCACCCCUUCAUCCCUUGUACAUUAAACUGUAUAUCUUAUUAAAGAUGAACAAAGAAAAGAGAGACGCGGUCUUCCGAUGCUCGACUACUUGUGACUAUUGAUGAUGAAUGAUGAUAGUGUAUUUUAUCGAGAAAUUGCUAAUUUUAAAAGUGUAUGUCCAUGUAUCAAAAGUGAAUGUACAGGCAAUUUUAUUACUCGAGAUAAUAAUUUAAUGUUGAUAUAUUUUGCACAAAUCAUUAUUAAUAUUAAUAAAUCAUUAAUAUUAUA